GCAGUAAAUCACACUCUGUGCAACUUCAACCGCAACGUGGCGGUGUUUGUGUUACCGUUACCAAUUGCCAUUCAUGUCUUCUCUUUCUUUCUCUACUCCUCCUUCUCCUUCUUAUUAUUAUUCAUUUCCAACGAGUAGCGUUAACCUUCCACGUGUAAUCCGAAUUUCGUGCGGGUCGAACCCGACCCGAUUGAAUAGGAAGAAGAUAACGAGCGAGCGAUCCGAAACUCAAGAGCUUGUUCGUUUGCUCACACGGAAGAUAAGCGAGAAAGAGCCAUUGGUGACAACACUGAACAAGUAUGUGAAGUUGGUUAGAACAGAGCAUUGCUUCUUGCUCUUUGAAGAACUCGGUAAACAUGAUAAAUGGCUUCAAUGCCUUGAGGUUUUCAGAUGGAUGCAGAGACAACGAUGGUAUAUUGCUGAUAAUGGCGUUUACUCUAAACUCAUAUCAGUUAUGGGAAAGAAAGGGCAAAUCAGACUCGCCAUGUGGCUUUUCUCCGAGAUGCGAAACACUGGCUGUCGUCCGGAUACUUCUGUGUAUAAUGCGCUAAUCUCUGCCCACCUUCAUACGAGGAACAAAUCAAAUGCUUUGGCCAAAGCACUUGGAUACUUCGAGAAGAUGAAAGGAAUCGAGCGGUGCAAGCCCAACAUCGUUACGUACAAUAUUCUUUUGAGAGCAUUUGCUCAGUCUCGUAAUGUGGAUCAGGUGAACUCUUUGUUCAAAGAUCUCGAUGAUAGCGUUGUUUCACCAGACAUUUACACCUUCAAUGGUGUGAUGGAUGCAUAUGGAAAAAAUGGGAUGAUCCGCGAAAUGGAAACAGUCCUUGCUCGAAUGAAGAGUAAUCAGGUUAAGCCUGACUUGAUUACCUACAAUUUGCUCAUUGAUUCAUAUGGGAAAAAGCAGCAAUUCGAUAAGAUGGAACAAGUUUUUAAGAGUUUAUUACGCUCCAAAGAGAAACCUUCACUGCCUACGUUCAACUCGAUGAUUUUGAACUAUGGGAAGGCACGGUUAAAGGAUAAAGCAGAAAAUGUUUUCCAGAAUAUGACUGACAUGGGUUAUACACCCAGUUUUGUUACACAUGAGAGUCUCAUAUAUAUGUACGGCUUCUGCGAUUGCGUCUCCAAGGCUGUUGAAUUGUUUGAUGGUCUGAUUGAGUCAAAAGUUCCGAUGAAAGUUUCAACACUAAAUGCUAUGCUUGAUGUUUACUGCAUAAAUGGUUUGCCACAAGAAGCAGAUUCACUGUUUGCGAGGGCCAGGCGUGUAAAUAUAUUUCCAGAUGCAUCAACAUAUAAACUUCUUUAUAAGGCAUACACUAAAGCCAAUUCAAAGGAGCUUCUAGAUAAAUUGCUAAAGCACAUGGAUAAAGAUGGUGUUAUCCCUAAUAAAAGGUUCUUCUUGGAUGCUUUGGGUGCUAUUGGAUCUUCAACCGAAAAGUCAGGAUCUGCAAAUGCUGGAACUGAUUCAAAAAAUCCACAAAAGUUCGCAAAAACUCAAACAGAAACAUAGUUGGCAAUUCGCGCAAUGAAGCUAGCUCAGUUCACUUGCGAGGUGGUAUGCUAUAUUACAUUGCACCAAUUUUUCUGAGGAACAGGUUCUCACUUGGUCCUUGUGUGACAUCACGUUUUCUUUUUUAAAAGGGUUAAAAAGUUUCUAGUCCCCGUAAAAAAAAUCACAUUUUUCAGUUCCUAGAAAAUUAUUAUGCAAGCAUUUUUGGUCCCUGUUAGAACAUGAACAUAUAUAUUUGAGUGGUUUUUUUGUAUAUAUAUUUACAACAAAAAAAAAAGUUUUUCCACACAAAAUGAGCUUAAAAUUCGAUUUCUAGGUCCAUAUUUUCAGGACUUUAAUCUUGAACACAUGAUAUUUAAAAAAUUCAUAUUUAAUUCAUCCCAAGUUAAAAAAUUCUAAAUUUGUGUGGAUGAAUUUUUAAUAAUGUUCUAAACAUACUUGCAAAAUACAAUUAAAAAAUUGAAGGAUGUUUUGUUCCACCAAGGACUUAAAAAGCUUGUAGAAUAAUUUUGUAAGUACAAAAAAAUGUGAUUUUUUUUAUAGGGACUAAAAACGAAAUUUCAAAAUUUUAUAGGGACUAAACUUAUUUAACCAUUUUUAAAAUAUAGAUAACUAUCAACUAUAAGAUUUCAUACUUGUUAGUAUUUGAUUUAUCUUAACUUCUAUGUACAUAUCUUUAUUUUGGUGUACAUGAUCAUUAUAUUUAUCCAAUUGUUGGAUUUGUUAUUA